ACAAAUCCCAUCGUCUCCAAACAAAACUCGCAUUACGUUGUUUGUUUUCUUGAAGGAGGGGAAAAGGAAAAUAAAACCUUCAUUUUUAAAAGACGUUUUGGUGCCUCCAUUUUCCUUUUUAAUUCUUCUCUUUUUUGUGAACUCUCAGAUCCCUCUCUUCUCUUCUAUUUUUCUUCUUCCGACGAGCACUCCGGCGUUCCUCAACCUCCCACCAACGUCUGGGGCCUUCACCGUGCUAUUCAAGCUAUAACAGCAUUCAGCGACGCUAAACAUCUAACUCCGGCGGUGCCGGCGGAAGCUUCACAGCAAGGUUCAUAUUUGUUUCAACUUUGCUGGUGCGCGUGAAAUUUAGCUAUGUCUACCUCUGCGAUUGAUGCUCUUCCCAAGGGUGGGUUUAGUUUUGAUCUCUGCAGAAGAAAUGAUAUGCUUGCAAAGAAGGGUUUUAAAUCUCCGUCUUACCUUAAGACUGGAACUACCAUUGUGGGUUUGAUAUUUGAGGAUGGGGUUAUUCUUGGGGCAGAUACACGCGCUACUGAAGGCCCUAUUGUUGCUGACAAAAAUUGUGAGAAAAUACAUUACAUGGCACCAAACAUAUAUUGUUGUGGAGCAGGAACUGCUGCUGAUACUGAAGCAGUAACAGACAUGGUUAGCUCCCAAUUGCAAUUGCAUCGCUACCACACUGGUCGAGAAUCAAGAGUUGUUACUGCACUGACUCUUCUCAAGAAACACCUUUUUGGUUAUCAAGGUUAUGUUUCAGCGGCUUUGGUGCUUGGUGGGGUUGAUGUUACUGGACCUCAUUUACAUACUAUCUAUCCUCAUGGAUCCACUGACACCUUGCCAUUUGCUACAAUGGGAUCGGGUUCUCUAGCUGCCAUGGCUGUAUUCGAAUCAAAGUACAAAGAAGGCCUGACUAGGGAUGAAGGGAUUCGACUUGUAACCGAGGCGAUAUGUUCUGGGAUAUUUAAUGAUUUGGGAAGUGGAAGCAACGUUGAUGUUUGUGUUAUUACCAAGGGUCAAAAGGAUUAUCUAAGAAACCACCUCUUGCCGAAUCCUCGAACGUACGUCAGUUCGAAGGGUUAUUCCUUCCCCAAGAAAACAGAGGUUCUGUUGACAAAGAUUAUGCCAUUGAAGGAAAAGGUGGAAAUAAUCGAAGGUGGCGAUGCUAUGGAGGAGUGAGACUGAUGAAAACAUGGAUUUGCUGCUCCCGUGGAAUUUCUAAGUAUGGUUUUCUUCCUCUCUUCUCUCAAGUGGACAUUACUAGAAAAUUCAGUUUGGCCUUUAGUUCAUGUUGUCAACGACUUGAUUUAAACUCAUCAAUAUUUCCAGCCCAAGAGGGCUGUUAGAGCCAGUCUGUUAGUUCAAAUCGCUUAGACACUUUAGAAUUUGUCAACUUUGUUCUGUAUGAUCUUGGGUAUCUUUUACAUCUAAAUGAAUAUUUAGUGUCUUCGACAGUGAUUCAUAUGGUAGUUGAUGUUGGUACUAUUUACAAGUUUUUUCUGUACAAGGACGAUAAUACGGAGAUAGGAGAUCGAACCUCCAAACUCUAUGGAGGGAGGUCAGCUCAAGUACCAUAGAGCUAAGCUCACUUUGAGCUAUUUCAAGAUGUCUGUUUCCCAUAUAUGAAUUUUCAUUAUAAAUGUUACUUCCUUGGAAGGUCCAAUUUUGAACCA